CCAUCAUUAGAUACACACACAUCGUGUGUUUUUCCUUUGAAACACAAUCUAUAUCAAACCAAACUACACCUGAUUUUGGUUGCUUUGUUCAUCGGUUUUAGUUAUAAAAAACAAGCAAGCUAUAGGAGGAGGUCAUAAAAAGUGGGACAAAAGAAUCUUGGUUCUUUCUUCAUUCAUGGUUUUCCUCAUUCUUAAGUUUCCAAAAUCUUCAUGAACACUUCUUAACACCCUUGUUGUUUACAUUUUCCACUUGUGGGUGCAUUAUUGAUAUUUACAUAUAUUAUAUAGUGUUACAUUUUGACUUGAAUUUACAAAGAACAUGUUGGGUGUGAAAUCAAGAAGUAAUCUUGGAACAUUUUCGGCGGCAAAAGGCAGUGCUUACAACACCGGUGGUGGUGGUGGUGGUGGUAUGGCUGCUUGGGAAAUUAGACCGUGUGGAAUGUUGGUGCAGAAGAGGAAUUCGGAUCAUGUUAAUCAAAGUCAAGCACUAGUUAGUACCAUUAAAGUCAAAGUUAAAUAUGGUUCAACCUAUCAUGAAGUGACCAUUAAAUCUCAAGCAACUUUUGGAGAAUUGAAGAAAAUGCUAGCCGGGCCAACGGGGUUGAACCCUUUGGAUCAAAAGUUAGUAUACAAAGACAGAGAAAGAGACUCGAAAGCCUAUUUGGAUGUAGCAGGAGUCAAAGACGGAUCAAGAAUGGUUUUGUUUAUUGAUGUAAUGAAUCAAGAAAAAAGACUUCUUGAAAAUGUUAAAAAUGCAAAAAUGGAUAACGCCAAAAAACAGUUAGCCGAGAUCAGCUCAGAAAUAGAUAAGCUUGUUAAACAGGUUGGUAAUUUGGAAAUAGAAAUUUAUAACGGAAAGAAAGUCGCCGAAAAAGUCUUGUUGAGUUUGAUCGAGUUGUUGAUGUCACAAUUGAUCAAUCUGGAUGGAAUUGUAGCCGAUGGAGAUGUGAAGUCACAGAGGAGAAUGCAAGUAAAGAGAGUGCAAAAGUAUAUCGAGGUUCUAGAUAUGUUGAAGAUUCAGAAUUCCAAGAUUAUUAUCAGCAAGGGCAAUGUGGGUAACGUACGAGCCCCAUUGCAGCAAUGCGUGAAUAAGAUUUCAUUUGAACGAAAACUUGUAUCGCCUAUGGAAAAAAACCGUGACUCAAUGAAGUGGCCAAUCGUGGCUACGAGUGGAUGGGAGAAAUUUUGAUUUGCGAUCUUCAACGAAUUCUUGAAGAAUGUCACUACUAUACUUCGUUUUCUUUUGGGAUUUCAGAUACAUAAAUGUUUUAUGUCGCUACUCUUUUGGUUGGUUCCUACUUACGAGUCUCUGUUUUGUAUAUAUGAUAUAUAUAGUCCGUAAUUCGAAUUACUCUUCCAUCUUUUGUAUCACGAAUAUAGCUUAAAGCGACUUAUAAUCAUCGUAUGUAUUCAUUGUUUA